AAUGAUGUGUGCAGCAAGAAGGACGUCGUCUGCAGCCUGACUAACAUGGCUCUUCCUCCAACACUACUCACAAGGCUGCUAAUAUUAAGACAGACGCUUCCUACAACCUUAUUGUACAACCUGCGAGCUGCAGCCUCUUCGUCAAGAAGAUAUGCUGCAGGUCAAUAUGGAUGCAGAAUUGCUGCAUGCCGAAGCAUCCACACCGCUUCCCGAUUACUUCAGGAAGCAGCCAAGACCAGUGAACCUGAUGCAUACGAGUUCCAGGCUGAGACUCGCAUGCUUUUGGAUAUUGUAGCAAAGUCCCUCUACUCUGAGAAGGAAGUGUUUGUCAGAGAGCUGAUAUCCAAUGCUUCAGAUGCUAUUGAGAAGGCCCGCUAUUUUGCCCUGCAAGGAAGAGAACUAGAUUCCUCCGAGGCUGACAUGAAAAUCCACAUCACCACAGACAAGUAUGAUAAAACACUAAUCAUUCAAGAUUCUGGUAUUGGUAUGACCAAAGAAGAACUGAUAGACAAUUUGGGUACCAUUGCCCGCUCAGGCUCAAAGGCCUUCAUUCAGCAACUACAGGAAGGUGGCACUGCAGAUCCACAGAGUAUUAUUGGCCAGUUUGGUGUUGGCUUUUAUUCUGCUUUUAUGGUCGCAGAACGAGUUGAUGUCUACACAAAGUCGCGUUUACCUGGUAGCAUUGGAUAUUGCUGGUCAUCAGAUGGUUAUAAUUUUCUUGCAGGUAUUCUCUCAGCACAGGAGCAGGUGGAGAAAGAAGAGAUUGCCAAGCUAAUUAUGUAUGAUUCUUCGGCAAAACCUGCAGGGGAGAAGGUUACACUUCCAGAAUACAUUGGCCGCAUGGCUGAUAACCAGAAAGAUAUUUAUUACCUAGCAGCUCCUUCAAGGGAAUUGGCAGAGACCUCUCCAUAUUUUGAGGCGCUCAAGAAGCGGAAUGUUGAAGUGCUCUUCUGCUAUGAGCCAUAUGAUGAAGUGGUUCUGAUGCAGCUACGUGAAUUCACUAACAGGAAAAUCAUUUCAGUAGAAAAAGAAAUGCGUCAGGAUAAAGAUGCUGUUGACUAUGAAGCUGAGAGUGGCUUACGUCGUACCCAGGCAAACGAGUUGAUGGACUGGCUUAAGACUGUAUUGAGUGGACGAUGCUGGGGAGUGAAGGCCACCCCUCGUUUGGAAUCACAUCCGUGUGCUGUCACUGUGGAGGAGAUGGGAGCAGCCAGACACUUCGUACGCACUCAGUUCACACAGAUCCCUGAAGAGACCAGAUACUCUCUUUUGCAGCCACAGUUGGAAAUUAAUCCAAGCCACCCUAUCAUAAUGAAGCUGAAUGAACUGCGUAUCAACAAUCCUCGGUUGGCAGAAUUAACUGCGAAACAGUUAUUCAGCAAUGCCAUGGUUCUAGCAGGUCUAGUAGAAGAUCCACGCAUAGUGCUAUCUUCCAUGAACGAACUCCUUCAGUUGGCUUUGGAGAAGCAUUAAGUCUAAUGCUAGUUUAUGUCUGUUAAUGGUUACUUAGACCAGUGGAGGAGUAAUAUACAUGCAGUAAUAGGUUAUCGUUAUUGAUGAGACAUUUUGCCUACUCGACAGGCUUCUUAUGAAAAUACAUAUGGGGGAAGUGGCCAUGUAGAUAUAAGGUGACCAGUCCCUCAGUCUUAGUGCAUGUUCAUUAUUAUAAUUGUGAAACUAAGGCAUGAGAGAGAAGCUUUUUAUACUUCCAGAAGUGAGGCUGGCAUCAUAGGUGGGUUCACUAGGAAAAUAACACAGGAACUGAGGAGUACUGCAGCAAGCAGUGAUCAGUCACUGUACAACUGGCUCCAUAGCAUCAUGAGAAAGCAGCCUUUUACUGUCAAGAGUGAGGAUGGCAUUGCAGAAGACAGGGCUUACUAGUGGAAGAAACAAUUAGAGUACUGCAGAAAGUCUGCUGGCUUAUGCUAGGCAGUUCCUCAAAACCAACUCUUCUCACUCAACUAGUGGCUGAGCAACAAAGUUGUAAAUGACAUCUUUCUUAAUAUACAAUGGGCAUGCUGUCAAGUAUCAUUAAUGAUUUACUCUUCUAGUCAUUAUAUCAAUAUAAUUAUACUUGACAGCAUGCCCAUUGUAUAUCGAGAGAGGUCAUUUACAACUUUGUUGCUCAGCCACUAGUUAUGAGUGAGAAGAGUUGGUUUUGAGGAACUGCCUGGCAUAGGCCAGUAGACUUUCUGUAAUACUCUAAUUGUUUCUUCCACUAGUAAGCCCUGUCUUCUGCAAUGCCAUUCUCACUCUUGACAGUAAAAGGCUGCUUUCUCACGAUGCUAUGGAGCCAGUUGUACAAGAGUGACUGAUCACUUCGCAUCUACACUUUCACUAUCUCUUGUCUCCAGUAUUUUGACUGAAGUCUGCUGAGCAGGCAGGCAGAAAAAAUGUCUUGUCACUAAAGUUAAGAAACUGUCAUGUUAUACUUGUCAAAGAGAUGAACAGUUUGUAUAUGAAAACUUUAUACACAAGUUUAAUAAAGAGAUUUAAAAUGUU